UAUCAGUAAAAACCGCGCAGGAAGUGUGGAGGCUGCCAUCUUGUACGACCAUCCAAAAUGAGCUUCUUUGGCUUUGGUCAGUCUGCAGAGAUCGAAAUUGAACUCGAUGGAGCUGAUAAACGCAAGCAAGUUGACGUGAAAAAUGAGGACGGGAAGAAGGAAAGAUUGUACUUGUACUACGAUGGAGAGAGCGUUACAGGAAAAGUCAAAGUCAACCUUAAAAACCCUGGAAAGAAACUAGAACACCAAGGCAUCAAGAUUGAGUUUAUUGGUCAAAUUGAACUGUUCUAUGACAGAGGGAACCAUCAUGAGUUUACUUCGCUUGUCAGAGAACUAGCCAGACCAGGAGAAUUAAUGCAAAAUGAAACCUUUGACUUUGAAUUUGUGAAUGUUGAGAAACCAUACGAGACAUACACGGGUGCAAAUGUUAGGCUCAGGUAUUUUCUUAGGGUUGCUAUAGUAAGACGGUUGUCGGACAUAUCAAAAGAAAUGGACCUUGCUGUACAUACAUUAUCUACCUACCCAGAGAUGAAUACCAGGUAUCACUUGAAGGAUGCCAUUGUAGGGAAAAUUUAUUUCCUUCUAGUAAGAAUCAAGAUCAAACAUAUGGAGCUGGCAAUAAUCAAAAGAGAAACCACUGGCACCGGUCCAAAUACUUACAAUGAAAACGAAACCAUUGCAAAAUAUGAAAUCAUGGAUGGUGCUCCAGUAAGAGGUGAAUCCAUCCCUAUCAGACUCUUCUUAGCAGGUUAUGAGUUAACACCAACAUUCAAAGAUGUCAAUAAAAAGUUUUCAGUAAGAUACUUUUUGAAUUUAGUUCUUGUUGACGAAGAAGAAAGACGAUACUUUAAACAGCAGGAAAUUAUUCUCUGGAGGAAAGGAGAAGUAAGAAAAAAGCUUCUUUCCUCUGAACACGCUAUGAAACAUUAUGAGAGCAAACCACAAGCACAAGUCAAGGAAGAAAGCAACCAUGCAGAUGCUGAAGAAUAGMUGGAAUAACUUUUUAUAGAAUUUGUUGUCGACAAAGGUAUCUUGGUAGUAUUCCCACAUUGCAGAUUUGUUAGCGAUAGAAAAAUUAUCUAGGAUCAAAUUGAUUUGCUUUGUUUAAUUUUACUAAUAAUGUCAACAUUGUAUGAUGGCUGUAUAUAUGUAGGGUCUAGUAUGUAGUUCUACAGAAAAUCCAUACCUCCUCAACUAACAUGGAAACUCUAUUAGCUGUACUAAGGUUGAGGAAAAAACUGGGUCUAGUUKGCAUUGCAGUGCAUUGUGGGACUUUUGGGGGACAAAAUAGAUGCCAUCUCAAAAAAAUGUCACCUAAAGCAGUCCAGCAAUGCAGUGCAUUGCCGACUCGACACAGUCUUUCYCUUAACCUUGGAAUGGCUAAUAGAGGUCUGCACCAUCAUGUGACGGCAGCCAUGUUAGAUGUUUAAAAAACUUGAUUUUCUUGUACUGCCAUCUAACAUGGCAACUGUACAAAAACUWUUCCUUGGAAGUUCUAUGACAACCUCUAAACCUUCUUCAAAUUGUCCCCAUUCCCUAGGAAUUCUAACCUCUCUCUUUCUGGGAGGUAAGAAUAGUUUUACAACUUCAUUCAAAUUAUGUCAGAUUUACAACCUCUUUGUCUCAACCUUUGUCUCGACCUGCUUAUACCAUUCCCCUCCUCUCACGCUGGGAAUUUUCUCAUGCUSUGUGGCAGUAGGAGGUAUGGAUAUUUUUUAAAGCUACAUUUAAUUGUUGGAGGGGUGCAGUGUAUUGAAUAGGGUACAGGAUAAGUCAAGGGACGUAUACAUUAUACCAUGUUCAACCUCAGUAUCCUCACCCAGGUUCCCCUCUUGAUAUCUUUUGAUAGGACGUUUGCAUGAUAGCCUUAUUUUUUACUACGACUACCGAAAAUGCUUCACGAAUUUCCUUUCUUUUUCUAAUUUGUAUUGCCUCAUGAGAAUAGUAAGACAAUAGUCCCCUUCACAGUUCCCUGCACCAUCUUGAAAGGUAGCCGUGCCUUUGCAUCCAAGCAAGACGAAUGG